AUGACCUCGAGCAAAAACAAGAGCCAGACAUCUCUGGUGCUCCACAAGGUGAUCAUGGUGGGCAGCGGCGGCGUGGGAAAAUCCGCCCUCACGCUGCAGUUCAUGUACGAUGAGUUUGUGGAAGAUUAUGAGCCCACCAAAGCCGACAGCUACCGGAAGAAGGUGGUCCUUGACGGAGAGGACGUUCAGAUCGACAUUCUGGACACGGCAGGGCAGGAGGACUACGCCGCCAUCAGAGACAACUACUUCCGCAGUGGAGAAGGCUUUCUGCUUGUCUUUUCUAUCACAGAAUAUGAGUCUUUUGUGGCCACAUCAGAGUUCAGGGAGCAGAUUUUGCGUGUGAAAGAAGAGGAUGCCAUUCCUAUGCUGUUGGUAGGGAACAAGGCGGACCUGGAGGAUCGGCGGAAAGUUUCUGUAGAUGAGGCGGUGGCAAAAGUCAACGAGUGGGGCAUUCAGUAUGUGGAGACGUCAGCCAAGACCAGAGCCAAUGUGGAUAAGGUGUUCUUUGACCUUAUGCGUGAGGUGCGCAAGAAGAAAAUGGCUGAGAGCAAAGACAAAAAUGGGCCAAGUGGAAAGAAGAAGAAAAAGCGCUGCUGCAUACUUUAA